UCAGAAAUUAUUGCGUGCAUUUUUUAUUGCGAUUUUGUCAUUUAAAACUUAAAUGCGAAUUUAAUUUUUACGAUUUUGAGAAAAUACUACAAAAUGCGAGUUGUAAUUAUUGCGUUUACAACUCUGUCGCAUUAUUCGCAAUAAUAAAAACCUCGCAAUAAUUUCUGAAUUACAGUUUAUAGGAGAUGAGGCCAAGAACAGACGGGGUGUGCUUUCCCUGGAUUAUCCAAUAGAACAUGGAAUUGUAACAAACUUGGACGACAUAGAACUGAUAUAGCAUAAUAUUUACGAUAGUCAUCUAGAGGUACCACCAGAUGAGAACCCAUUUCUCCUUACAGAACCUCCACUUAAUUCGAAAUAUAUCAGAGAGAAAAUGGCACAGAUAUUUUUCGAAAAGUUUAAAGUACCAGCAUUUUACGUGAGCAUGCAAGGUGUUUUGUCAAGUUACUGGUCGGGGAGAGGCUAUGUAAUCCUGCUUGAAGUAAGAGAUGGCGUUACACAUAUUGUUCCUGUUUCUGAAGGAUAUUGUGUACAACCUGCCGUUAAAAGACUAGAUAUAGGAGGCAGAGACCUUACAUCAUAUUUGCAGUUUCUGCUAUAUGAAAAAGGACACGAUUUUGUAACUACUGGUGAUUUCGAAGUUGUUAAAGAAAUGAAACUUUUUAAGAUAAAAUGUGUUAUGUAACGGAAGAUUACUCAAAGAAGUUACUAGGUCGGAAUGUUUUCACGAUGUUGAAGAGGCAUAUGAACUUCCAGAUGGAAAUUGUAUUACCAUUGGUAAGGAGAGAUUUGAGUGUCCAGAAAUGUUGUUUCGACCUUCAAAAGGUAAGAUUAAUCUUUUACACUGAAAUUAUAAAAUAAUUUACACAAAUUGCUUACCUUACUUUAUAUGUGAAAGUCACUCUUGACAAUUUGUAUGUCCUACCACACUCCCGUAUGAUAUAGUACG